GUGAUAUUUACGAGGUCGAUCUACAAGCACUAAAGCGUACAAUUUGAUGGCGUUUUUGGUCUCAGAUCUAUGGCUCUAGGGAGACUCUUCCGCCUACACUUUGUUGCCCAGCGUCCUGAGAUGCACAGCAUGGCUGGUGGUUCGUCUUCUUUUUGUCAGCUGUUCUUUUUGACAUGUUUGCUCCUCCUGCGCAAAGUGAAUGCCGGCCAAGAGGCCUUCGGAGGAGAUGGACUCUGCUUUCCAUCAUGUGCUUGCUAUGAUGGCAUUUGCGAGUUUUAGUUUCUGAUUUGAACAUUCGGAAGUCCAUGUCACACACACACACACACACCAGGUCGACACCAUCAAGAAGACUAUGAAGACUGCGGAUGGACUUCUCCUUGAACUUGUGAGUGAUGAAGCGUUAGCUGCGACCAAGGAAACUCAUAAUCGGGUGGAGGAGUGGCUCAACAAGAACUGGGGGCGUCCUGGGGAGGACAGGUCAGAGGCAAAGAAAGAUAUAUCCACGCGCACCAUCAUGUCAGUGGUGAACCCUUCAAAGAUUCACGAGUUCGCAAACAACUUAGAGCUGGGCGAGGCGGUGCACAAAGACACGAAGCUUGCGCUCAAAAAAGCUAUUCAAAAUGUGUUGCUCACCGAGCUUCAUUCAGAUGCUUUGGUCAACAUUAAGAUGGACAGUGCUCCUGGCGGGACGCGCUAUCUUGAAAAGUUUGCGCUGAGAUCAAAGAAACUAGACGAAGGAAACAUUGCAAUUGUUCUCUCAUACUACUCCGAUGUGCGAACCUUGGAUUCAAACUGGAUGUGGCUUGUGGCAAACCAUAAAAGUGAGGAUCUACAACAAUGGCUUGACUACAAACUCCAUGUAGCAGUUGAGAAGAAAGCCUUGUCUCUUUCAAACUCCAAUGACUACCAGCGCUUGGCGCCUCCCUCGAGCAAAGUUCAACUUGAGCAUGAUCUACAUGUUGCAGCAGAAGGAGGCGAUGAGGCUGAACUUCAAAAGGCUGUGGACAUGGCACGAGCCCAAGGACUUGAACCAGCCAAGCUAGAACCGUACCAGAAAAAGCUGGAGACCUUGGAGCUACAGCGGAAAAAGCGGUCUGAACUCCUGGCGUCUUUGCAGAAGGCAGCUGAAGAAGGAGAGGUUCAGGGCUUUGUGGAGCUGCUUGAAAAGGCAAAGGCUCAUGGAUUUGACUCGGAAGAGUUGAAGAAAGUCCAUUCCACCUUUGAGAAAAACCGGCUGGUGAAGGAGAAGGCAAAGGUGCGGGCAAAGCUGCAAGAAGCAGCAGAAGCAGUUGACCGGGGUCGGUUUGAAGAAGCAUGCGCACAAGCCAAAGCUUUUGAUUUGGAUGAUGUAGAGGUGGAGUCUGCUCGCAAUAAGUUUGAGAAAAACGCAUUGCAGAAGAACAAGUUAGAAGCCCUUAAACUAUUGGAUGAAUCGGCCAGAUCAGGGGACUCGACUACUUUCGAGCACGCAAGAGAGGCAGCAAAAAGUGCAGGCAUUGGUGAGGAGCAGCUCGCAGAGUGGGAUGAGGUCUUUAAGCAAGAGAAAGAGAAGACACAUGCGAUGUCUCAGGCAUGGAAGGCCGUACAGAAAGCUGCGCAAGAUGGAGACAUCGAUUUUGAGGAGCUCAAAGAGAAAGCUCAUCGUCUUGGCGUGAACCCAGAAAAACUGGAGUGUGAGAAUUCGCGCCACAAGGAAGCCGUGAAGUCCAAUGAAAGGUCUGAAAUCCGGAAAACUCUCAAGAGGGCGGCUGAAAGAGGACACUUUGAAGAUUUUGAACAGGCGAGAGAGCAAGCAGUACAGGCUGGAAUGACCGCGAAGGAGCUUGAUGGUUUCCAAGCGAUGUACGAACAAAAGAACCCACCCUUGAAACUGGUGCGAUGGGUGCAGAUUUUGGAGUACUUCAACCCCAUUUUGCCUGCAAUCAUCCUGACGGUCUCCAUCGCUUGGCAAUGCUGGCCCGUUCCAACAUCUGUUGACCCAGCAAAGAGAGCAACUCCAUCGCUGACAGCGGCAGCUCACACAGAGGAUGAUGUGAGCCCUGAUGACUCUGCCUCGCAGUUGUCUUCCCAAAUUUCGCUGGCAUCCUGGAGCCUGAUCUCUGGGCCGGGAAAAGAAGAACCCCGGUGCUAUUCGGAGGCUGCUGUGUUCCAGCGCUUUGCUUGCAAUGGCCGACUUGAUGCAGUGCCUGCAGCAGAGAUUCGUUUGGGCGAUGUUGUUGCAGCCUACGGCGGUGAACGUGCCGAGGUCAUGGAGUAUGGACAGUCCUGGUCUUCCACCAUGGCGAAGCUAGUGGCAGGCCAGGCGAUUCUCGAGGUGACGCCAACUCACCGCAUCUCAGUGCCUCAUGCCUUGUCAGGGUCCUCUGGCGCAGCCCCCGUGACCUACCUUGCCGGCCAGCCAGGUGGCUCGAGUCCAACCGAUACCAAGCAGGCUAGAGAACUCACCAUAGGGGACUUCGUGUGCUGCGAAGAUGGUGUGAACCAGCUAACACAUGUGGAGGAGUAUGAGCUGGAAACACCAGUUCCGGUCUUCAACAUUCGAUUCAAGCCGGAUGUGCCUGUGUUGGUCUUCUCUCCGCCGCCGAACCGCAUCCUGUCCAGAGGCCCACGGUAUCAGCCCACUCGGCGUGGAGGCAAAGGAUACCAGAAGAAGAAAGAGAACCGCAUGAUGCGUGAGUGUGAGAAGCGGAGCAUUCCUGACACUCAAGGUGAAUACUCCGACUGAUUUGUGUAGUCCAGAGAAGCGGCCUAAGACUUUCUAUGCAGCUAUGAUGCAGAUAUGAUAUUGCGUGUGAGCAUGCAUUGAUGUCAUUUCUGAUUGACAGACAUGGCUGCAGAACAUGGUUGAGCCGUGAUCUCUUUUUCCGGGUUCCAAGUGAAGAGAGCACAACUGACAAGCUGGUGCCUUCUCUCUUGGCUUGCAAAGCAGUGCUUCAAAUGUUUUUAUCAUGGACUGCCUUAGAAUUUGUGCAGC